UCGUUUUUAAUUAUUUUGCAGUUUUGUUACUCUUAUUGAAUUGGCGACAGGCAUUGUCAUUUACUAUUUGCCGAAUCAUUGUAGAUUUUUUCUGUGUUAACAAAAAUGUUUCGAAACCAAUAUGACAGUGAUGUUACUGUGUGGAGUCCGCAGGGUCGCCUGCAUCAAGUGGAAUAUGCUAUGGAAGCGGUGAAACUUGGUUCGGCUACAGUUGGCCUGAAGAACGCUGACUACGCUGUCUUGGUUGCUUUACGGCGUGCAGCUUCUGAGCUAUCAUCUUCCCAACGCAAAGUAAUCCCAAUUGAUGAUCAUUUAGGUAUUUCGAUUGCUGGUAUUACCGCUGAUGCAAGGGUACUGAGUAAUUAUUUACGUACCGAGUGUUUGAACUACAAGUACGCUUACGGCGCACGAUAUCCCGUAUCUCGGCUCAUUUCGAAUCUUGGCAAUAAAAUGCAAGUUACAACACAACGUUAUGAUCGUCGUCCAUAUGGUGUUGGUCUUUUAGUAGCCGGCUACGAUGAAAGAGGUCCACACAUAUUCCAAGUAGAUCCUUCAGCAAACUUCUUUAAUUGCAAAGCAAUGUCCAUUGGUUCACGCUCACAAAGUGCGCGUACAUAUUUGGAGCGAAACAUUAGUUCGAAAGGUCGCGAUUUCGUUUGCACAAAAGACGAAUUAAUAUGUCAUGGUAUUCAAGCUAUACGUGGAUCGCUACCAAAUGACGAAGACAGCGAAUCACCACUACUGAACAUUUCUAUUGCUAUAGUGGGCAAAGAUCAGCCAUUCAAAAUUUUGAAUGACGUUGAAAGCAAGAAGUAUUUAGAUAUGGCGAAAAAAUUACCCGCACCUCCUGCACCAGAUGAUGAUGCCCCAUCGACGGGUGGUGGUGAUGAUGAUGACAAACCUGGUGAUGCGCCACCAGACCCACAAGUACUCGUAUCUACAAUGGAGCGCUAAAAUUUUAAUUGUACAAGUUAACGCUGCAUUUCAGUUAAAUAUGAUUAAUAAUAAAAAAAAGAAAACUUGAUUUUGUGAAA